AUGGCUUGGCUGAUCUCCACAGAACCGCAAUUGGUGAUUGGAGAAAUCAGGUCAAACUGCGAAAAAACAUUUGAUCUCGAAGUCAUAGAGCUCGGAGCUGGAUGUGGUCUUGCCGGCCUUACGGCUGCUCGAAUCCUUGACAGGCGCGAGAGCUUGCGGUGCCGUGUCAUUCUUACUGACCUGGAGGAGGUCAUAUCUACCAGCCUGGCACCCAAUGUCGACAGAACCAAACAAGCGCUGUCGAAAGACACCGCUAUUGAAAUCGAAACCAUACCUUACACUUGGGGAACUUCUAUACCAUUCCCAGCAGUCGAUUCAAAAAAAUCGCUCAUCUUGGCUAAUGAUGUGCUUUAUAAUCCUGAGAACCAGGCUGUCUUCCUCGAGACUAUCCUUCGACUCUUUGGGACACGUCAAAAUGUCUCCACUCUUCUCGCCUAUCGACCCAGAACAGAAGGUGAUCAUCUAUUCUUUCAAACUGCUCAACGUGCUGGACUAGUUGUGGAACGCAUCGCGCGUGUCGGCGCAGUAGUAGUUUUCAAGAUUUCUCCCACAUUGUCCAAUACUGAUCGAUAA